AACCUCCCAAAUCAGUCUGCCAGUCAGUGCGGACCGGACGGCGCAUUCAUUGGCAUUGGCUGCGUGUUAUCACAUCACUUAUCACUUAUCGUACCCAUAGCAACCGACGACGGGUAGCUCUGAUUGUCAGCUGUUCUUGCUGUUAUCUGUCUCUGCUUUUUAUCAGGUUGUGGUGGUGGUUUGUAUCUGUUUGGUAGUCUCUUCCACUUACGACUGCAGUUUAGUGCAUUUUUCACCUCGUAACAUCCCACUAUGCUUUCGAAGACGAUUGACCGGUCGAUUCUACGACUGUACUCAGUUGCCAAUAGCAAUGCAAAGGCUAACAAUCGAGCUAUUACACCUGUCAUCAGAGCCUACUCACAGAAUGCAAAGAGGCAGUACGAUAUCGUGGUGGUGGGAGGAGGAAUCGUCGGAACGGCUUCAGCACGGGAAAUUCUGUUGCGCCAUCCGUCGCUGAAGGUGGCCGUGGUCGAAAAGGAACACAAACUGGCCUUCCACCAAAGUGGCCACAACAGUGGUGUGAUACACGCUGGAAUCUAUUACAAACCGGGAUCGCUGAAGGCGAAACUGUGCGUCGAAGGUCUACACUUGAGCUAUAAAUACUUCGACGAGAAGAAUGUCCCAUAUAAGAAGGUGGGAAAAUUGAUUGUGGCGACCAACGAGGAUGAAGUGGGCCGAUUAAACGAGCUUUACCAGAGGUCGCUUGCCAACAACGUACCGGACGUGGAGCUGGUCGAUGCUAAACGAAUCAAAGAAAUCGAACCGUACUGCGAAGGCCUGAAAGCGAUCUGGUCGCCCCAUACGGGUAUCGUUGACUGGGAACUCGUGACGCAGUACUACGCCAAGGACUUCAAACAGGCCGGAGGUGACAUCCAUCUCAACUUUCAGGUGUCCAAGUUUGAGGAAACGACAGAUCCCAACUACCCUAUUGCCGUUAGAAGCAAAAAGAAUGACACCGUUCAGUCGAAGUACAUUCUCACCUGCGGUGGCCUGCAAUCGGAUAAAGUGGCCGAGCUGACGGGAUGCUCGCCCCUUCCAAAAAUUGUACCAUUCAGAGGGGAGUAUCUCUUGCUGAACCCGGCUAAAUGCCAUAUGGUUAAGGGUAACAUCUACCCUGUGCCUGAUCCGAGGUUCCCUUUCUUGGGCGUUCACUUCACUCCUCGGAUGGACGGAAGUGUUUGGUUGGGACCGAAUGCGGUGUUGGCAUUCAAGCGUGAAGGUUACAAGUGGAGUGACGUCAACGUGGUUGAGCUAAUCGAUGCUCUGAAGUAUCCUGGUUUCAUCAAAAUGGCAUUGAAAUACGUUGGAGCCGGAAUGCAGGAGAUGGCCAGAUCCGCUUUUAUUCCGUUGCAAGUGAAAGAGCUUCAGAAAUUCAUUCCUGAUGUUCAGGAAUAUGAUGUUGAACGGGGACCUGCGGGAGUACGAGCACAAGCGCUAGAUAUCGACGGUAAUCUAGUGGACGAUUUUGUAUUCGAUCAUGGUAAAGGUAACAAUGCCCUUGCAAAAAAUAUUUUGCACUGCCGAAAUGCACCAUCGCCAGGUGCGACGAGUUCGCUGGCCAUUGCCAAAAUGAUUGCUGACAAAAUUGAAACGCAAUUUAAUAUUAAGUAAAUUAAUCUGUUGAUUUUUAUUUAUGUACUGACUGGUUGUAACUCGGGUAUUUUUCAUCACAUUAAUGAACAAUAAACAUCGUUGAUUAAUCAUUUUA